CCCGCCUCACGGAAAACUGUGGUAACUGUGGUGUACAGCUGCAGAGAUGCGCGACACGGUAAAACAAGGAGAAACGAUGGAAAUGAAACGACAUCACAGAGAAGAAAAGUAACCGCUGAAAAUAAAAUCAUCUGAGAUGCUACGAGAUACCGAGAAACGCCGUCUUCUCUGCGCGCUUUGGACGUAAAAACGCGGACGGGGCUCGGAUCGUAGCCUACUUCGAUCCGAAUACAGUGGACGGGAGGGGUCGAUCAUGGGGAACGAAGCAAGCUUGGAAGGAGGCGAAGGGCCGCCGUCCGGGCUACCAGAGGGGCUGGCACCUGACGGGAAGGGCGGCUUCGUCAGGGUGCCCGACGGGACACCGGUCAACCUGAGUGAACUCAGCGAGGAGCAGAGGAGGCAGCUCGCCGCGGCGAUGUCAAGGGCGCAAGCCAGGCAGCCCGGAGGCGCAGCUGCUGCACGAAGACCAUCAGAAUCUGAUACCCAUCAGCGUUCCCAGCAGGUAGGGGCCUCCAGGGGCCCUACAGGUCUUAGUAAGAGUCGUACUGUAGACGCCUUCAACCAGGGUCCACCUGGCAAGCCCACACCGGGCCGGAGCCCUUCAUCCCUCAGCCUUUUUGAAUCCAGAUUCCGGCAGGAGCCAAAAGACCCAGAGACCAAGUCAUCCAGCAUGUUUGGCUCCAGCUUCAUGUCAUCUAUGACCUCCUCUGUCUCCUCCUCCAUAUCCUCCAUGGGGGAUUCUGUCAACAUCCCCAAGUUUGGGAUAUUUGGAGAUGAGGAGGAGGGAGAUGCAUCUGCAACACAUGAGUCCAAGCAGGGAGGAAAGCCACCAGGCAAGGGCCCGCAGCAAGGGCCAGGUCCAAAGGGACCACAACAGGGAGGACCUCAGAAACAGGGUCAGGGCCCUCCCGGACCCCCUGGUCAGGGACCCAGGCAAGGACAGGGACCACCAGGCCAGGGACCAAAAUCUGGCCAGGGUCCUCCUGGCCAAGGACCCCCUGGGCAGGCCCCCAGGCAAGGACAGGGGCCACCAGGCCAGGGGCCAAAAUCUGGCCAGGGUCCUCCUGCCCAAGGACCCCCUGGGCAGGCCCCCAGGCAAGGACAAGGGCCACCAAGCCAGGGGCCAAAAUCUGGCCAGGGUCCUCCUGGCCAAGGACCCCCUGGGCAGGUCCCCAGGCAAAGUCAGGGUCAACCAGGCCAAGGACCCCCAGGGCAACAGGCCCCCAACCAAGGUCAAGGUGCCAUACAGAGUGGCCCUCCCCAGCAAAAAGGUGGAGCCCUUCAGCAAGGACCUGGUAAGCCUGGACCCAAACAGCAAGGGCCACAAGGCCCUGGGGCUCAUUCUGUAGAGCCAGCUAAGAGCGCAGGGCCUCCUGGUCGGCAGGGGGUUGGAAAACCUGGAGCAGGACUCUGUCCACUCUGUAAGACCACCCAGCUAAACACUGGAUCAAAGGACCCCCCAAAUUACAACAACUGUACUGAGUGUAAAAACCAGGUCUGCAGCCUUUGUGGGUUCAGCCCCCCAGACUCAGCGGGUAAAGAGUGGCUAUGUCUGAACUGCCAGAUGCAGCGAGCGAUGGGAGGUAUGGAUCCCCCUGGAAUGACAAAGCCCAAACAAGGCUCAGCCCCACCCUCACCCCAGAGACAGGCACCUGGCAAGCCUGGCAAGCUGCUGAUGAAGCAGCAGAGUACCACCGACCAAGGCUUAACGCCGCCCACCACACCGAGGCAGAAGUCCCCAGUUCCUACCUCUCCCGGGCCGCUUUCCCCUGGCUCCUCAUUGGGAGGGUCUCCCAAGAUUGACCCCAAGACAGGCCGCCCCAUUCAGCCGAAGUCCAGCCCCCAGCAGUCUCCAUCUAAAGCCAAACAGGAGUCCAGCUUCUUUGGGGGAUUUGGAGGUAUCAGUCUGGGAAGCUUGACAGACACAGCCAAACCUCCUGCGGCUGCUUCGCAAGCUGCCGAGUCUGUUACAGGGAAACUGUUUGGUGGGUUUGGCGGUUUGAUGGAAUCGUCGAAGCCUCAACCACAGGCCGCACCAAAGCAGGAGGAGUCAGUGGCUGGGAAGUUGUUUGGUGGUUUUGGAGGGUUGACAGAAACAGCAAAACCUCCAGCUGCUGCUUCUCAAAUGUUCAGCUUUGGUUCGUCCCUCUUGAGUUCAGCCUCUAAUCUUGUCUCUGGAGAGGAAGAGAAGGCAGCAGGUUCUCCACCUGGGUCACCCCUAGACUCUGGACCAGGUUCACCUGCAGAUUCUGGCCCGGGCUCACCACCAGACUCCCCUUUCUCUCCUCCUGGGUCUCCUCCUGGGUCUCCUCCUGAUUCAGACUUUGCUCCUGACACUCCAACCAAGAAAGCCCCCAGAACCAUUUCUGUAGAAGAGAAAGGCAAGGUGUCAGCAGCCAAACCUGGACCUGCCCCAGCCUCAAAAACCAAGGAAAGCUGCCCUCUCUGUAAGGUUGAGCUGAACGUUGGAUCAGCAGACACGCCCAACUACAGCUUCUGCACCGAGUGCAAGAAGACAGUUUGCAAUCUUUGUGGAUUUAAUCCUACUCCCCAUUUAGGAGAGAAAGAAUGGCUCUGCCUCAACUGUCAGACCCAAAGAGCCAUGUCUGGCCAGCUGGGAGACAUGCCAACUCCAGCCAUGGCUUCCCCAAAGAAGCAACCAGCUGCUCCUGCUCCCUCUUCCACCCCUGCCCCUGCUACUCUAGAUAGCAAACCUGUAGUAGAAGCAGCAGACCUAACCCCACCAGCUCCUGAUACCAAGGUGAAAACACUGGAGACUUUGAAGGAGCCAGGAGAGAACGAAAUGGCUGCCAAGGACAGCAGUCCCACCAGCCCAUCAGACCUAGCCAAGCUGGAAAGCACAGUCCUUCCCAUUCUUGAGGCCAAGGCAAGCACGCAACCAAAGGAUAAUGAGGAGAUACUAACAGACAGUCUAAAGACCAGACGUAAAUUAGAGGUGCUACCUCUUUCACCUGACUCACCCAGCUCAGAAGAUGACAGAGAACUUUCAGAGAAGAAUACCAAAUGUACCACAAAGAAAAAGCUCCUUGUGCCCAUGGAUGUCAGGGCAGAUUCCCUGGAUGAUAGCAGUGAAAGUUUUGGAAAGGAAAGCCCAAUGUCUGGGGAUGAUGAGGAAUUUAUCCGGAAACAGAUAAUGGAGAUGAGUGAGAAUGAGGACGCUUCCCCGUCUGAUGAGGAAAACCUAAUCCGGAGCAAGAUCAAAGAGAAUGAGAAGAAACAAAUGCAACAGAAGACCUCAGAGGUUGUUGAGAGGAGUGCAUCAGGAAAAGCCAGGCGACUUACAAAGAAAAGCACUAUAAGUCCAGAUGAUGAAGAAGAUAAGCAACUUCAUGGCUCAUUUGAUAAACCUGUUAUAAACAAAGAGGCAGAACAAGAACCAAAAGAAGAUGAGCAUCAGAGUGGUACUGGAGUCCGCAAAUUCCAAACUAUGGAGCUGAAUUCAACCAGCAGCCCUAUGCGUAUACCUAAUGAUGAUGGAGAGCCUGAAAUGGAAAGCCUUACAGACUCUCCAGAUGACCGGUCAAGAGGUGAGGGGUCAUCCAGUCUACAUGCAUCCAGCUUCACUCCAGGGACAUCCCCAACAUCUAUCUCAUCACUGGAUGAAGACAGUGAUAGUAGUAGUCCCAGCCAUAUCCGUUCUGGUGAGGGUAAACAACACAGGAAAGCCAAACACAGACAACCUGGUCAAACGCUGCCAACUAUUGAAGACUCUUCUGAGGAAGAAGAGUUACGGGAAGAAGAGGAGCUGCUCAGAGAGCAAGAAAAACAAAAGGGUUCUGGGAAAAAAUCCAAGAAAGACAAAGAAGAGAUUCGAGCCCAGAGAAGGCGAGAGCGUCCAAAAACACCACCAAGUAACCUUUCCCCCAUUGAAGAUGCUUCACCAACUGAGGAACUGAGGCAAGAGAUUGAGAUGGAGGAAAUCAGACGAUCAUCCUGCUCAGAUUUCUCCCCCAGUAUUGAAUCUGAUUCUGAAGGAUUUGAAAUCCAUCCUGCAAAGAUUGCAGCAGUUCAGAAAACCUAUCAACUGCCUGUAUCAGUAUCUCUUCACUCUCCAACAGAUGAUCAAAAUACUGAUAAACCACAGAAAAAAUCUCUCAAAUCUGCUGAUGAGGCUUAUGAGGAAAUAAUGCUGAGGGCUAAGUCUCCAACACUUGACAAAGGUGAGAUUCAACUGGAAAAAGAGUCCCUUUAUGGAGGCAUGCUUAUUGAAGACUAUGCCUAUGGAUCUCUUAUUGAAAAUCCAGUAGAUAAUCUGGGGGAGCCAGAGAAGAUUAUUCUUCCUGUCCAGCCCAAAACGCUUAGAUCACCAGAUGAAGUUUAUGAGGAUAUGAUAAAGAAGAGGAAGGAGUUUAUGCAGCUGGAGCAGGAAUAUGAAAAUAUUCAGCCAAAAAAUGAAAGCACUAACCCAGAAAUUGUGUUGCAACCUGCUGAGAAUAUGUUACCUAAACACAGCAUAGUAACAUUUGGCAAAGAUGGAAAGCCAUUGUUGGAUGCUGAAACUGCAUAUGAAGAGCUAAUUAAAAGAGUGCUGACUCCUGGAACAAGUCCAACUCAGCAGGAGCCAGAAACAGAAGCCAAUGCAUCAAGAAGGGCACUCCACCCUAUUCCAGACUUAAAGGUGACUCAGUGUUCUUCAGGAGAGUUGUCUUCUGAUGACGAGAGUAUGAUUAAAAAGGAAGUAGAUACAACUGCAGUGUCAGACACAACAUCACCUGUGGAAGCUGAGCCUGUGACAGUGUUUUCUGAGUCCCCUCCAACAUCCACAUCAGAUCAGCAACCUCAAACCACAAUUGCAGAAUCACAGGCUGAAGUUGUUGACUUAUCUAGUGCACUCCCAAGAACAUCAGCCCCUGUAAUUGUAAGUGUUUCACCCUUGCCCACAGUCCCCCAGUACACACCCACUAUUCCCAGUGUAGUUUCAACUGCUCCACCUAUACCCCCCAAGCCAGGUGUCCUGCGUCGGGCUAAUUCUCAGGAAAGAGCAGAAGUACCUGUUGCACCACCACUGCCUCCUCCCACCCCACCAAAACCUACUGUUUUUCCCAGGAAAGCUCCAGUUCCACUUCCACCUCAGGCUUUAGCAACUCCAAUCAGGUCUGAGAUUGAGGCUUCGACUGCAGCCCAAAUACCACCUUCAAGACAAACAGCUACCCCAAUGUACAAGCCUCAUGUCCCCCCUCCUGUUGCACCAAAGCCAUCAAUUAAUGCAGGGAUUGCGGAUAGCCACCGACCAGGACAUGGUGUCAAACCACCAAUUGCACCAAAGCCUGGCUCACAGCCGUCUUCACCUGCCCAUGCUUCACAUCUACCAAGACCCACUGUGCUUCCCACUGGUCCUACUGACAUAGCCCUAAAUCUGAGCCCUUCCUCUGAGAGCAAGCUGUUUCAACCCUCACCGAAGUCCCCUUCUUCUCCAAGAUAUGCUAGCAAUCAUCGUGACACAUAUGUAGUCAUCACACUGCCAUCUCAGCCCAACUCUCCAGUAGAUAGUGUCUUAACUCAAGCUCCCUCUAGCCCUGGCCCAGUAUCUCCUUCACGCCAACCUCAUCCCCAAAAUUAUUACCAACCACAGCCGCAACCUCAAUCUUAUCCACAGCACCAUCCACAACCAAUCCCUCAUCAAACAACCAGGGUGCCUCUGGCAUACACACGAGUCACAGAAUCCAUUGAAAGUCAAGAGAUUUGUGGCCCAGAAAAACAUGUAUCUAGUUCUUGUCACACAAUUGAGGCUGUAUCUGCCUCGGCACAGCCACCUAUGGUUAUGCCUAACCUGAUUUCUCAAGUGGUCACUACCGAAGUCCAAAGGACCACUGUCUCUGUUGUUCAUGAAAGAACACCACCACCAGUGCCAGCUCCAAGGGCAAAUGGUGUCCCAAUCUCGAUGGAGAAACCUAAGCCCCAAUGGCCAGUACAGAAUGGACAGGCUGUCCAACCUUCUGAGGUAGUAGAUCUUAGGACAAUGAAGGUGGACCCAGGAUCAAACAUAGAAGGUGUGGAUCUGUCAGCUGGCCCAGACUCAAGACGUCAGUCCUUUGCUUCUGAUGUUAUUCGUCAGAACAGUGCAGUGCAGUCACCUGUGGUCAACCUUAGUGCUGAUUCAUCCACUGUUUCUAUAGUGACCGAUAGUAUCACCAUUGUGACCUGUGCUGCUACAAUCCACCAAUGUGACAAUGUAGAUAUCUCUCAAGUAUCUUCAGUACCCCUUCAGCUAACAAAAAACAAAGUAUUUGAGCCGGUUUCUCAAAUUGUAUAUCGGCCAAUUGAUUCUCAGCUUUCCAUUCAUGCUGGUACAGAGGCCCCUAUUAACCUCUCAGUUGGAUCAAGCACAGGUGGAGGAACAUUCCAGACCACACCUGUCACUGUUGCACCCACUUUUCUUUCAAGUUGUGUUGCCAAUGGAUUAAUGACGGGUACAACCACAGUGGCAGGAGCUGUUGACCUUAGCACAACUAAAUCAUUCAACACUUUGGUAUCAGUGGAUGCUGCAGAAGUGGUCACAGCUGUAAUCACAGACGAUGAUGGCAAACCAGUGGAUCUGACUGCAGGAAAAAGAGCUGGAUGCUGUGAUGUUGUAUACAGGCUCCCAUUUUCAGGAAUCUGCACUACUCAGCAACCUACCACACCCCUACCUGAAGAUCGUUUUGGAUAUCGGGAUGACCAUUACCAGUAUGACCGAUCACCUUAUGGCAUAAGAGGAUUUGGUGGAAUAAAACCAUCAAUGUCAGACACUAAUCUAGCAGAAGCUGGGCUGUUCUUUUACAAGAGUAAGAACAGCUAUAAUUUCAGUGGUACCACAGAGGGUGCAGUAGAUCUUACCUCAGCAAAGAUUUCUGAUGCAGGUGAAGCUGUUGACUACUCCAAGAAAGGGACUUACGCAGGAAUGACAAUUCCGCCUUAUUCCCAAACCAGAGUUACAAGUGCUGUCGGUACACUCUUUGGUACAAGCAGCGUCUUGAGGUCAUCAAAUGGCGUGGUCUAUUCCUCUGUUGCAGCACCUAUCCCAUCUACAUAUGCCAUUACUACCCAACCUGGGUCCAUCUUUAGUACAACUUACAACACUCUGUCAGGUAUGCAUACCAGCGACACCAUGCCUUCCCUGUCCAACCUCCAGAACUUGCCUCUUACACGUUCCCACAGUUUCCUGUCUACCAUCUCCGCUACUGCAACAGAAGAACAAGGAGAUGCCCCACUCAAUUUGGAGAUCUCUAGAGGGGGUAGUAUUGCGGCUGUUGCCACAGUAACAAGCUCUUUAUCCCUUGACACCUACACUGAUGCAUCCCUGGAGGCCAUAGCUGCUUCACUUGAGGCUCUGUCUUCACCUUUGGUUCCUGGGGAUGGCCAAUAUCAGGCAGAGCGUGAGAGGCUAGAGAUGGAGAAACUCAAGCAACAGCAUCUAGCUGAGGAAUUAGAGUGGGAGCGCCAGGAGAUUCAACGCUUCAGAGAGCAUGAACAGCUCUUGGUGCAGAAGGAACUAGAGGAGCUGCAGGCCAUGAAGCAGCAGAUCCUGAACCAACAAGAAGAGGAAAGACAGGCUCACCUUAUGAUGCAGAAAGAAACCUAUGCCCAGCAACAGCAGCAACUUGAGCAGAUUCAGAGACUCCAAGAGCAACUGCGCAUGCAACUAGAAGAGCAAAAGCUUCGUCAGAUGUAUCCAGGUGGGGACAUACCAGGGCAUGGUGUGCAGGAGGCACUUGUCUUAGGACCUGAUGGCACAGUCCUGUCUCGAAAGAUCACAGAUAGUGGGUGCCAGACCGAUGAAGAGGAUGAGACAAUCAGCAAAGCCUACACAGCAGGAAGAAAAAAGAGAAGUACUAAAAAGAGUGUUGACAGUUGUGUGCAGACGGAUGAUGAGGAUCAAGAGGAAUGGGAGGCUGAGACCAGAAACCGACAAAGCCGGCCACGCACUGCCAGGGGUGAUAGGGGUGGGCAUUCAGAGACGUCUCUUAAAGCCCAUACUGAGAUUUCUAUACAAACAGAUUCAGAGGGCAACAUUAGAAUGGACACCAGGAUGGAGCUGUCUGACUCUGAAAGGACCUCACCAAAGAAAAGACCUAUCCCCUUAGAAAUAGACCAAUCUCCGAACCUGAAAGUUGAUUCCUCUACGCUUCAAGCCCCUCCUAAAUCUCCCAAAGUGCUUUAUUCCCCCAUAUCCCCCUGUAUAUCCCCUAGCAAAUCCCUUGAAUUUGUGUCCUAUGACAAAUCACUGGGUGAUACAAGCCCACAAAAGCUAAGAGGAAGUACCGAUCUAUUAAAAGCCUCUCCAGCAAGUCCCAGGGGACCCAAAACCAUGCAGAGAUCCCUGUCUGACCCUAAGCCAUUGAGUCCAACAGGAGACGAAAGGGCAACAUCUAGCACCCAGUAUGGUGAAAGCUAUACUGAGAAAGGCUUGAGUGGCACACCAACAGGAACUCAAAAGAAAGUAAAGAGGACUCUCCCCAAUCCACCGUCAGAGGAAGAGACAACAACGAGUGGCCAGACCGCAUAUAGCACUGGUUCGGCCCGUCGAAGAAUGUGCCGCAAUUCCAACAUGGCACGCGCCAAGAUCUUACAAGACAUUGAUCGUGAGCUAGAUCUGGUGGAGCGUGAGUCAUCUAAGCUCCGCAAAAGACAAGCGGAGUUAGAUGAAGAGGAAAAAGAGAUUGAUGCCAAACUUAGGUAUUUGGAGAUGGGCAUUAAUCGUAGAAAGGAUGUGCUACUGAAAGAGAGAGAAAAGAGGGAAAGGGCAUAUUUACAGAGUGUUGCCGAGGACAGAGACUACAUGUCAGACAGUGAGGUUAGUAACAUCCGAGAGACAAGAGGUGGGCAUGGAAGUGGAGAAGAUGAGGAGAUUGAGGGUCAUGGUCUUGAACGUCCCAGAACAGCACCUCAGUCAGAAUUGGAUGACUUUGUCCCACCUCAAACCAAGCAUGAGUAUGGAAAAUACUCCCAGUACCAAUACAAUCAAAACCAAUACCAGCAGUCUCUAUACCAGACUCCCCAGUCCUACCAAUCUCAUUCCCUCUACUCCUCUGUCCCCUCACUCACUAGCGCCCAGCAGCAAAGUUACCACCAGAUGCUCCUGUUGCAGCAGAAAGCUGCCAGACAGGCCGCUCUCCUCUCAGAGCUUGAUGCAACUAAAUAUGAAGUCAUUAGCCGCCAACCUGAUCCCACAUCAUCAGCUUACCUGGGAGUCACGUAUGACAAAUAUGGCAACCACCUUGACCUCAGAGCCUUGGAGGUGGGAAGUAUAGCACGUAGCCCCAUGUCAGCUGUCUCUGAUUCCUAUUACACAGAUGUAGAUCACCAUACACCUCGGAGCUACAUGUUGCUGGAAGAUGCUGCAGAACUGGCUAAGGGCUCCACAGGUCUGUCUUCAUCUUACAGUCUGGCUGAGAGGGAGCUGGCCAAGGCCGAGAAGCUGCUGCGUAGGAGUGCUGCAGAUCUGGGAUCUACUGACUAUCUGGGAUCCACCUCAAGACUCCAUACUUUUGGAAAGACCCCUGAUGAAGAGGAUACAAUGGAGGAACCCUAUGAACUAAAACUCCUGAAGCAGCAGCUCAAGCAAGAGUUUAGGAGAAGUACGGGUGGGACAGAAAACUUAGAACAACUGUCAGGCCUCUCCCAGCACUACUAUACCCCAAGCACUAGCAUAUCUAGUUACUCCCAAAGAAAUUAUCCAAAGACAGACAAGUACAGCAUCAGUCGACUUACUCUAGAGAAGCAGGCGGCUAAAAAUCUCCCAGCAUCCAUGCUGUACCAAAAGCAUAAGGCUCCAUUAUUAGAUCCUAAGAUCUCUUCCAAGUAUUCCUCUAUGACAGAUAACAGAGGUUUGGAGACGGACCAUACCAGCUAUCUUGGGACUACCAGUGCAUCAGUAAGAUCCAGCAGGCUUUCGCAAGAUGAGAUCACCUUCGGCCUUCGUAAGAAUAUUGCAGAGCAACAAAAAUACCUGGGAUCCACCUUGGGCGCCAACUUGGCUGGGUCGCUAAACUUGGGCCAGAGCUUAGGUUUGGACUCUGCCUAUCCUAGUGGCAGUCGCUCAAGACCCUCAUCCAGGCCCACAUCUUGCUAUGGCCUGGACUUGUCUAUCAAAAGAGAUCCUUCCAGCUCUUCACUGAGACUUAAAGGGGAUGGUGAAACAUCUGUUGAAGUACCAAGCUUUCAAACCCCAUCUGGUCGCACCAAACCCACCAGCCUCCCAAUUGUGCAAAGUGGCCGUGGCCGUAUACCCAUAGUGGCCCAGAACUCAGAGGAAGAGAGUCCAUUGAGCCCCGUUGGGCAGCCUAUGGGCAUGGCCCGUGCAUCAGCAGGACCUCUGCCACCCAUUUCAGCUGAUUCAAGGGAUCAGUUUGGUUCCUGUCUGUCCUUGCAGGACUCCCAGCAGCCACAACAUAUCAGGGAAGAGCCAACCAGGGGUAGGGGUUAUGUGCUGCUGGAUGACCUGCAGGGCACCAUGUCAGAUAGUGAAGCACUAAGUGAUUCCCUGAUGGCUUUGAACAGAGACGAUGCAUCCAAUGCCUACCACCUCAGACAAGAGGAGACGGACUGGUUUGACAAACCUAGAGACGGACGGUCAGAGAAUGGACAAGAGAAGAGACAGGGAAAAGGCCCGUACUACCCCUUCCCUCACCUCAGGGUCAAACUACAGAGGGAUCCCAAAGACCGCAGUGUCUCAGGAAAUGGUCUGGGUAUCCGUGUGGUUGGAGGAAAAGAGGUCCCAGGCAGUAAUGGAGACAUUGGAGCCUAUGUUGCCAAAGUCCUACCUGGAGGAGCUGCAGAACAAACAGGAAAGCUUCUUGAAGGAAUGCAAGUCCUAGAGUGGAAUGGUGUUCUUCUGACGGGGAAAACCUAUGAAGAGGUACAAGGGCUCGUCGGGCUGCCGUGCAACGAAGCAGAAGUGUGUGUCAGACUGGAUCUUAACAUGCUGGCUGACUCUGACGGUUCGGAUCACCUGGAUUUUCAAGAGCACGGCAAAGGUGACAGACCUCCUAGGUCUCCAGGUGUUGACCCCAAACAGCUGGCGGCUGAGCUGCAGAAGGUGUCCCAGCAGCAAGCUCCCACCUCCACCUCUUCCUCCGGUCUGCCCCCCACAACCUCUGCAACAUCCAGCCCCGCUCAGCCAGGGUCACCCUCCGUCAGCAAGAAACGCCACAGCAGCAAGACUGCAGAGGGAAUGAAGACCCAGUCCCACCCCAUCUCUGGAGAGAUAGAGCUUCAAAUCCACUAUGACAAGCAGCUUGGCAACUUGAUCGUUCAUGUCCUGAAGGCCAGAAACCUUGCCCCACGGGACAACAAUGGCUACUCUGACCCAUUUGUUAAAGUGUAUCUCCUACCAGGGAGAGGUCAGGUCAUGGUUGUCCAGAAUGCCAGUGCUGAAAACAAGAGGAGAUCCAAACAUGCAGGCAAGAGUCUCAACCCCGAGUGGAACCAGACUGUCAUCUAUAAAAACAUCCACCUGGAGCAACUGAGGAAGAAGACCCUGGAGGUGAGCGUGUGGGACUACGACAAGUGCUCCUCUAAUGAUUUCUUAGGAGAGGUCCUUAUUGACCUGUCCAACACAGCCGGGCUGGACAACGUCCCUCGGUGGCUUCUCCUGAAGGAGCAGAGCGAGGGGGACCACCAUCGGCGCUCUCACUCAGGCCAGGGCCGGCACACUUCCUCUAAACCCUCCUCACAGCACUCCUCCCCUAAAACCACUGGCUCCGCACACGACAAUCAGGAUUCCCCAAAAUCAUCUGUCAUCAAGAGCCGAAGCCACGGGAUCUUUCCAGAUCCGGCCAAGGACACGCAGGUGCCUACUAUCGAGAAAUCUCACAGUAGUCCUGGCACAUCGAAGCCUUCCCCGUCCGAGGGCCAGAGCCAAAGCCAAAGCCACAGCCACGGACACAGCCAACACUCUCGCUCGCACGGCGCUUCACGCUCCAGCAAAAGUGCCGCACGGCAACACCAUCAGGACAGCGGCACAGGAAGCGGUGGAGGCGCUGCCAUAGCAACGGGCGAUGCCCCGCAGCAGUCACAGCAGCAGCCGCCUCAACGCCUCCAACCAACUCGGUCGAGCUACAGAUCUAGUGAUGCCCCAGUCACAGCAGCCUCAUUGGACAGCGGCCUGAGUGGGAGCGCCUACAGCCUAUUGGACGAAGUAGGAGAGACAAACGAGGUGGACAGUGCCAUCUUCCAAGUGCCCCGACUUGGAAAGAUCCCAAACGGCACAGACGUGAUGAAACCAUCAAUGGGACACGGUGACACUGAAGGUAAGUCCCAGGUAAUGGGGGAGAUAAAGAUUGCUCUGAAGAAAGAGAGUAAGACGGAGGGUGAGCAACUGGUCCUUGAGAUUCUUCAAUGUCGCAACAUCACCUACAAGUUCAAGACCCCAGACCACCUGCCUGAUCUCUAUGUGAAGCUCUAUGUGGUGAACAUCGCCACCCAGAAAAGGAUCAUCAAGAAGAAGACCAGAGUGUGUCGUCAUGACCGGGAGCCAUCUUUUAACGAAACUUUCCGCUUCUGUAUGAACCCCGCUGGACACUCUCUGCAGCUGUUCCUGGUGUCAAAUGGAGGCAAGUUUGUAAAGAAGACCCUGAUAGGGGAGGCCUAUGUGUGGCUGGACAAAGUGGACCUACGCAAGCGAGUGGUGAGCUGGCACAAGCUUCUCACCAGCACCGCCCAGAUCCACUCAUAGAGGAGACUCAAUCUAAAAAACAAAAAGAAGCAGAGAAGAACAGGUUUCUGUCAUCUGGGAACACUUAGGUUCAACACCUGUAACACUGAUCCACUCUCGUUGGGUAGGUGAGAGGGUGGAUUGGGGCAGGGAGGGGGCAAAACAUGUAUUACUUUAAUCUUUCUUUCAGGGCUCAGAGUUUUUAAAGAUGCGUAUGUUCGUCCUGAUGAUGAUUUCUGUCAUGCAGGAAGUUAGGAGGAAGUAGUUGUGCAUUUACAGGAAAUGAACACAAGUUUACAGGACGCACAGUGUACAGUUAGUGUGGCCAGGGCUGAGGAGAACACAGGUGCUGAGUUCAGAGGUCAAGCACGGAAUCAACCAGGUAUUACACACUUUAAUUCACAACACACACACACACACACACACACACACACACACACAAUUAUUAACUAAUUUGCACACUCAUUCACGCAGAAGAGACAAUUUAAUUCUACAGGGAAUGGACAUACUUGUGGAUUCUAAUUUAUUUAUUUAGAUAUUUUAUCCAUGAAAGAUUUUCCUCAUUGCUUUAUUAUGAGCGCAGAGUUUUAUUGAUUUACAAAGCAUUUUGGGAAUUAAAUAUUACAGACUCCGCUACGGAGACCUCGUAUUUAUUUUUGUAUUAUAAUAUUAGGGUCGAGUUCUAUCAUUCGUCUUCUCCUCAAUUAUUUAAGUACUUACAAACAGGAAACAUAGUAUAUUUUAUAACACACUACCUAGCAUUCCAUUUUGAAAAAAACAAAAUCUCAGCAAGCAUGAAUUUAUUAACAAAAACAUCCCCUUGUUCACUAUGGACCCCAUUGUUUCUCUCCUUAAUUGUAAACUCAGUUCUAUGAAAUGACAAUUAUUGUUCGAUAAUGAUCAAUAAUGAUCUAUAUAUAUCAAAUUGGACACUAUAUAUUGUGAGCAUGAGUCCAUCUAUUUGGUGUGCAGUGGCACAUGUUCUGCACAAAAGAAAAUGACCUCUAAGGUUCAAUAUGUAAAUAGUGAAGUGUCAUAGCUGGAAAGUAAUAAUAACAUCUAUAGAUAAAUAUAUAGAUAUCUUUAUCAUUGACAAUCGAGUCUUGAUGAUUGUGACUUAGAGGUUUUAUUUACCCAUGAGGCCCCUUAGAAUUUGAGACCUUUACCGUGUGAGAUUUAAGUUUUUUUUUGUGAGCUCCAGGUACAUUACGAGUUGUACAUCAGUCCUGCUUUUGUUCGUAGGAGCAGUCACCUCAACAAUGCACGCUUUUGUGGUAUUUUGCACUUUUUUUCUGCUUAGAAUGUAUAAACUGACAUCAUCAUCCUGCAGAAAAAUGAGAUAGCCAGGGAUUUUGUCUUUUCAGGGGGAGGAAGUAGAGAGGUAAAGUAAAGCUAUGACAAAAGCAGGAGAUAUUAUAGCGAACAAAAGACAAAUGUGCCAGAAACCAUCCAUGAAAAGCACUAUCACCAUUCUAAGAUACAACAAUGCUAUUCCAGAAGCAUGUUGAUGUUUCUCUAUGUGUUUAUAUUACCACUCAAUGUUGUGUCUUUAAAAGUUAACUCUGUCCAUUAUGUCUUGAAAAAGGUCAUUGUGUGUACUUGUACAGGGGUCAAGAGGUAGGACAGCUGGUUCAUUCAGCCUUUUUAGUCCAAUGUAGCAGUGAAAGUUAAUAUCUCAGCGGGUUCUAUUCAACAUCUACUGUCAAAAAGUGGUAACUGCAUCUUGAUUUGCCAGAAAUUUGAGCGGAGAGAAAACAUUUGUAUUGAUUUUUCUUUUGGACUGUUGUGUUUUAAUGUCAUCCAUGAAAGGAUUAUUGCAUCAAUAUGAUUUAGUUUAGUUUAACAUUGUAUUUUGUAUUACUAUAUGAAUCUUUAUUUAUUGCCUGUGAGACUACGUCAUAUGUUGUAUUAUAUUUGUUUUACAGGACAUAUCAGGUGUACAUAAAAAUAAGUUGAGGUAUUUUGUUUUUCUACACAAUGUAGUGCUUGUUUACAAGGUUAAGAGGGCCUAAAACUCAGAGAACCCACUUUCACUAACACACUCUCACACACGGAAAUUAACAUGCAUGGAUCCUAAAUUUCACAUAGUUCACGAUAAGAAGAAAAAAACAUUUCUAUUCAAUUGAUUCACAUAUUUUUAUGCAUUCCUGCAGUGAAUAUUUACAUUUUCCAGUAUGUGUAUGAGAAAUCACUAAAAAAGAAAACAUUUUAAUCAAUGGACUUUAUUCUUGAAAUGAGUCGUUUCAUGGUCAGUGUGUGUUUUUGUUUUUUUUGUAUUUUUAUACCCAUGUGCUUGUGUGUAGCAUCUUCAUGCCAAGUCCAUGCAUGCCAUUGGCUCUAAUGCAUAUCUCUUCUUUUAAGUGUUGUCUGUCUAAAAAUAUUUACUUUAAAAUCUCUCGUAACACACAAAGAAUUACACGGUCUCACACACACACCACACACACACACACACACACACACACACACACACACACACACACGUUUUCUCUCUAUCCUUGUAAAUACAUAGCUUUUUAUACUGGGGUUUGGGGAGCAAUAGGUCUUUUAGCAGAUAAAAAGGGUGUGUGAUCAUAGAAGUAAAAGGAAAGUUGUUUUUCUCUUGAUCAAUGUACAGUGGAUGGACUGAGAAACAACCUUAUGUCUGUCUAUAGGGACCCAGAUUUACUCAACCCUUUACACCAAACACUUAAGGUUUACCAGAGUCUAUCUGCACAGAAGUCUAGCUUAACAACUCAAGCAGUUGCAGGAUAAUUUAAAUGUGCUCACACUGGAUGUUGCAUGUUUUGUUGGAGGUUCAUACUAUUUUUGUGUCCAGAUAUUGUUAAAGAAAAAAAUCGGAAUGAGGUAGAGAAAGAUAUAGAAGAAAAAUAGACUUAUAGAGGGUGAAAUAUGAAGAAAACCUAUUAAAGUUAUUGAUGAUGUAUGCGGACUGUACAAAGAUUAUGCUUGUAAAACCUGUAUGGUUUUUCACUUGUAAGUAAACAGAAAAAAAAUCUACUGUCAUGGUUUUGUGAUUGUACACAGGAGGUAUUGAUAAAUUAUGCAAAUUGUGCUGUAAAAAUGGCUGUUGCCCCAUGUCUAAAUAUUAAAUAUCGGUACAAACGGAA